UUUGGUAGCAAAGAGAAAAACAGAGCAAGUGAGAUCAGCAUCAGUAACAGAGAGAGAGAGAAAGAAUAUAAUAACAACAAGGAAGGGAUAAAUCAGGAUUACUGUAAACCACAAAAAGUAGUGAAAAUAUGAGAUCGGGCAACAGUUCUUACAGAUGGUUGUGCAUCUUGCUUAUACUAACUGGAGUGUUCUUCCUUGGUUUUAUCAUCGGUUGGUUUGGACGACCCUCCUCCCACUCUUCUGCAAACCUACAAAAUGUGAGGAUGAAACUGCUCAAUGAAAUGAAAGCUGGAAAUAUCAGAACAUAUCUACAAAACUGGACUCUGCAUCCUCAUUUGGCGGGGACUGAAAUGAAUCUCCAGUUAGCCCAACAGAUUCACAGCCAAUGGAAGAAUUGGGGACUGGAUUCAGUUGAACUGGUCCACUAUGAUGUUCUGCUGUCUUAUCCCAAUGAAAGCAGUCCUAAUUACAUCUCUAUUAUGGAUGAACAUGAGAAUGAGAUUUUCAACACAUCUCUAGCUGAGCCAGUGCCCCCUGGAUAUGAAAAUAUAAAAGGGCUGGUAGCACCAUUCAAUGCCUAUUCUCCACAAGGAACCCCUAUGGGGGACUUGGUCUACGUUAACUAUGCUCGAACUCAGGAUUUCUUCCAGCUGGAAAGAGAACUGGACAUAAACUGUACAGGAAAAAUUGUGAUUGCCAGAUAUGGAAAAAUCUUCAGAGGAAACAAGGUUUUGAAUUCUAUGAAGGCUGGUGCUAAAGGAAUAAUCCUUUUCUCAGACCCUAUGGAUUACUGUGCACCUGGAGUGCGCUCUUACCCAAAUGGCUGGAACCUACCUGAAGAUGGUGUUCAGCGUGGGAAUGUAUUGAACCUAAAUGGAGCUGGAGAUCCUCUAACCCCAGGAUACCCUGCUAAUGAAUAUGCUUUCAGGUUAGAUGAAGGCGUUGGUCUUCCAAAAAUUCCUGUUCACCCCAUCAGUUAUCGUGAUGCAGAAAGGUUGCUACGGCACAUGGGAGGAAUUCUGGCUCCAAUUCAGUGGAAAGGACAGCUAAAUGUUUCCUACAACAUUGGACCUGGCUUCAGAGGUAUUCAUUCCUCCCAGAAAGUGAGAAUGAAUAUUCACACCAGAAAUGAGGUGAAAAGAAUUUACAAUGUCAUUGGAAAAAUUCGAGGAGCAGUAGAACCAGAUCGGUACGUCAUACUAGGAGGACAUCGUGAUUCAUGGGUGUUUGGUGGGAUUGACCCAAUGACUGGAGCAGCUGGGGUGCACGAGGUGGUGAGAAGUGCAGGAAAGCUCAUGAAGGAAGGUUGGAGGCCGAGAAGAACAAUGGUGUUUGCCAGCUGGGAUGCAGAGGAGUAUGGUUUGUUGGGCUCCACUGAAUGGGCAGAGGACAACGUUAAACUACUUCAAGAACGUGGUGUGGCAUACAUCAAUGCAGAUUCAGCUAUAGAAGGUAACUACACACUGAGGGUUGACUGCACCCCUUUGCUCUACCAGUUGGUUUAUAACAUAACCAAAGAGAUCCCAAGCCCCGAUGAUGGUUAUGAAAAAAAAUCUCUGUACCAGAGCUGGUAUGAAAAAGAUCCCUGGCUAGUACACAGCGAUGCUCCCAGGAUAAGAAAACUGGGAUCUGGCAGUGACUUUGAAGCUUACUUUCAGCGACUUGGCAUUGCCUCAGGCCGUGUACGAUACACAAAAAAUAAGAAUACUGCCACAUACAGUAGUUAUCCAGUGUAUCACAGCAUUUAUGAGACGUUUGAACUGGUUGAACGGUUCUAUGACCCUUCCUUUAGGAAACUGCUCACCGUGGCUCAGAUACGAGGAGGCUUGGUUUACGAGAUUGCGGAUUCUACAAUAAUACCUUUCGAUUGCAGAGACUAUGCUAAAGCUUUGAAACACUAUGCAGACGUUAUUUAUGACCAAGCACAGAAAUAUCAACUACAUCUUGAUAAACAUCAGGUAUCUUUUGCCUCUCUAUUCUCUGCUGUCGAGAACUUCACACGUGUUGCCAAAGAUUUCCAUAAACGCCUAGAAACAAUUGACAUCACAAAUCCACUAACUGUGCGAAUAAUGAAUGAUCAGAUAAUGCUGCUGGAAAGAUCUUUCAUUGAUCCCCUGGGACUGCCUGGGAGACCAUUUUACCGACACAUCAUUUUUGCUCCCAGCUCUCAUAACAAGUAUGCAGGCGAAUCUUUUCCAGGAAUCUAUGAUGCCCUGUUCGACAUAGCCAAUGUUCAAGAUCAGGACAAAGCCUGGCAGGAAGUGAAGAGGCAGAUUGCUGUUGCAUCCUUUACAGUACAGGCUGCUGCAGGAACAUUAGAAGAAGUGGCAUAGUUUUAUUCCCUUUUAAGGUUUUCAAUAAUAAGUUUUAAUGAGUAGUGGAAGCCAGAAGCCAAUGUAACUUUCAGCAAAGUUCUGCCAGUAUAAAGUACUCAAGAUCUUUAUAUGUGAUAUAAUCUUAUUAUGUGACAGUCGUCAUCUGUUGAUUAGUAGAUUAAUAGCAGUUAUCAUUUAGCACCUGAAAUUCUGUCAUAACGUUAGUAGCAUGAAUGAUAGAAUUUUAGAGUAAAAUAAAGUACCUAGUCUUAA